AUGCGCUACGCAUACACAUUCCCCGCACUUUUCGCGGCCGCAGUCAUUGCCGCUCCUUUUGAGUACGCCAAGCGCAGCGAUGGCUCCAGCGAUCUAGUUGGCGAUAUUGGCGUCGGGGCUGUUCUUGGUGGUAAUGGCGAUGCUACUGGUGUCAAGAACGCCAAGCGCGACGACGAGAGCUUGAUCGAUGACAACGAUGGAUAUGGAUAUGAAGACUACGACGAUGACGAUCUGCUUGGCCUCGGUGAUCUCCUGAAGCGCGAUGACGAGGACCUGAUUGGUGGCGGUAGUGUUGCUGGUAUCCUAAAGCGCUCCGAGGGGGACCUCGUCGGUGAUGUUGGCGUCGCUGCUGUUGCUGCCGGCGACGGUUCUGCCACUGGCGUGCAGAACGCUAAGCGCGAUGACGAGCUUCUGGGUGGUCUCAUCGGCGGCGGCAGUAGCAGUGGGGGUGGCAGUCUUCUAUUGAAGCGCUACGACGAGGGUCUGAUUGGAAGUGAUGGUGAAAGCAACGACUAUAACAAUGGACACUUGCUUGGCGCUGGUGAUAUCGACGUCCUAAAACGCUCUGAUGAUGACCUUGUCGGAGAUUCCCUUGGUGAUGUUGUUAAAGAUGUUCUCGGGCUCCUAAAGCGCUCCGAGGAGGGCGUUAUUGGUGACGUUGGUGCUGGAGCUGUCGUUGGCGGUGAUGGUGAUGCCACCGGUGUCAAGAACGCUAAGCGUGAAGAUGAGGUUCUUUCGACUGAUCUCAUCGGCUUCGCCAACAUCCUGAAGACUCGUUCUGAGGGUAUCGUCGGUGAUGUCGGUGUCACGGCUGUUCUUGCUGGUGACGGUUCCGCUACGGGCGUGAAGAACGCCAAGCGUCAACCUGGUUACUUUGAGGGUCUCGUUGACACUGUCGGUUCGUUGAUUGACCUUCGCGAGGCUAAUGAUGAUACUACUGAUGGCGCCAAUAUCAACGACAAGCGCUCUGAGAACCUCGGUAUUGAUGGCGAGAAUCUGCUCACUGGUGCUGGUGUGGCUGAUGAUGUCGAUAUCGGCACGCCUAUCGUUGGUAUUGCCAAUCCUCUUUCUUUAAGAUUGUGA